AUGCCGCCCCCACCCAUCCCCACCAGCUCCCGCCCCACCAGCUACAACCCCUUCCGCUCAUCCAACACCAUCCCCCCCGUUGCCCCUGCCACGCCUCCUCCAUCCUACGCCACCCACACCGCCCACCCCACUCAACCUCCACAGCACCCCUCGUACGAUGCCUACGAACCCGUCCAGUACUCCUCUCUUUCAGAUCUUCAGAAGAACAAGCCUCCCAAAAAUACGUCCACGCAGACGAGCGGGUGGGGAGGCCGUGGGAGUUCACAUGGGAGAGGUGAUUCGUCGGCUGGGGCGAGCUCGAGUGGAGGCAGAAGAGUACCGCCCAUACCUCAAGAAGGGAUGAUGCCUGCUGUCCCUUCAGCCCCUCCUAGGCGAGACGUAUCUACCACCGCUGCUACUGCCCCACCCCCUGUGCCUCCGCGCAACUCUUCAGGAUUCCAAUCAUACGUCCCCGAAAGCGCAAAGAGCGGAUAUAAUACAGCGUCAGAGAGGGUCGUAGACGGGUGGAACUCGGCGGCCACCGUCCAGAGAAAGGAUCAGGUCUUGUCCGGAGUUGGAAAGCUUGGUGCGGGAGCUUUCAAGUUAGCUGGUAAGGGUGUAUACCAGGUCGGCAAGUUUGCUGCCAAGUAG